AUGUCUAAUCGCAAUUUUCGUCGAAUUUACUUGUAUGAGUUCAAACUGGGUCGGGCUGCCGCUCAAACCGCUCGAAAUAUCAUUGAAGUAUGGGGCCAGGGAAGCGUCAACGAAUGCACAGUACAACGUUGGUUCCAAAAGUUCCGUGCCGGCAACACCAGCCUCGAAGACGAACCACAUGGCAGCCGUCUACCAACACUUGAUAACGAUUAA